UCAAGUGAGAAGUUCUCACAAGAACAAGAAGAGGAACAAGAAACGCAGAAAGAGAACGCAGAAAAAGCAAACGUCGAUGAAAUGACGUCGGCGGCAACGGGAGAAAAGUUAGUCCAAGCGACGCCGGAUGAUGAGGAUCGACUAGAGGAAAACCAAAUGAGCGGAUUGUUCAAAAGAAGACAUGCAGCCAAGUGA